CAAACACAUCAUCAAGAUUCACUCCAUAUGACAGAUCUUCUCUUAGUCCAGAUAAUUCAAAUAUAAUUAUGCUAAGCAAUGUUUUGAAUGAAACAUCUAGAGGGAAGAUAUUAGUUGAAUACUACUCCAAGUUUUCAAAUUUCCAAGAUGAACAAAGAACUCUUCUUAUUAAUUUGAUAGCACAAUACUUCGAAGAAAAAUGUGUAAAAAUGACUCUAGCUAUUAGCUAUCAGUUAGAACAACAAAUUUUGGAAAGAUUCCCAUCUGAGAAACUGGAGUAUUAUAGAACUUCUAAACGGGGUAAAAUCUAUAAUAAGUAUUACAAUUUAGCAACGUCAUUUAAUGUUGUAUCUGGACCUCUUGGAACGGCAGACAAGAAAUCACCUGUCAAUUCUGAAAAGUUUAGUAGACAUUCAAAAUGCUCAGAACCAGAGGUAGAUUCAGAGAACUAUAUAAAAAUAUUAAAAUAUGACAAUUUAAGUAAUGAGGAAUUUGACCGAACAUGGCAGGCAUGUUUUAAUUCACGCCUUGAUUUUAUAAAAAAGUAUACAACAAAAGAUAUCUUUGAUAAAUGGCCAGCAUAUAAAACAGCAAAUGGUUACCGUUUAAUUGACAUGGACUUUGAGGCUGCUUUUGAAAAAAAAGGCGACCUUUUAGAAAAUUGGGAAAAAAAUAUUAGUAAAUUGUUGUUAUUCCUUUCUUUUAAUUCUAACGUUAAAGACAAAAAUGUAAGAAAACUUAUUGAAAUUAUCAGAAUGAACAAUCAAAUAUCUGAAAACGGAAGAGAUGCUGCUAUUAUUUGGGCACUGCAUGGGUAUUUUGUACCAACUAAUAAACUUGUUAAGAUUGACCCAAAAACAAAGCAGAAAAAAACUAUAAAAUUCACUAUUCGAGAUUCACAAUAAUCCGUUAUUUUUGUUGGAUCUACAAUUCAAAUGGUCGAAGACCAUAUUGAAAACUUGAAAAAAUCAAAAAAAUCAAUCCAGCCCACUAUAUUUUGUAUUGGAGAAAAUAUAACAUCAAUUAAUGAGAUUUUCCUAUAUUUGGAUGGCGUUAGAUAUAUUUUUAAAAGUAUCAUAAAAGCUCUUGAUAUUUGUUUUAAAUCCAUUUAUUUAUUUGAUUUUAAAUUUCCGGAUGAAUCUGUAAUAUUUUAUUCUUUUUUGGAAUAUUUUUUUUAUGAUUUCAAAGAUAAGCUAAGUUUUCCUAAAGUACAUGUAUUGGAACAAUACUUAAAUAAUUAAAGUAUUGUUCCAAUACAUGUAAUUUAACAACUUAAAUUUAUACAUUAAUUAGUUGUUAAAUUGAUAUUUAUAUAAAUUCUUUUGUUAUUAAUAAUUGAUUGUUUAAAUUCUUUAUACUAAUUUGAACUAUAUUUU